AUGGCUGUAGAACUAGAAAUGAUGCAAUUAUGCCAUCUGAUUGCCGAAAUGGAUGCAUUUCUCGAACAUUUUAAGAAGCACAGUCGAGUGGAACGCAGCUGGCUUCGUGAGGUUUAUUCGUCCGUUCGUGGCACACUAUACCCGGUUGUCGGUGCUUCUUUGGGCCUGUCGGCUGAGCAGCUUGCUCUUGCAGUAGUUCGGACUAUACAGCGAACCUGCAGCUUAACUAAUCCGUCUCUCCCAGUGAGCUACAGGAUGGUCUCUAUCUCUGAGUUAGUUUCCAGACAGCGCACUCCUUGCUGUAGCAGCCUUACCUGGAGCACUAGGCAAUACAGGGACUGGGCCAGUGAGGCAGAGCAAGUCCUACCCAGCCACAAGGCCCUGCCACGCACCAACCUUCUGCUGAUUGGUUGCUUGUGUGCUGGAGGUGAAUCAAGCCCUGCCCAAGAAGCAAGCCAAUGUGAUGGGCUGUGGAGAGUGAAGGAUGAAAGCGGUACUGUGCACUGUGAGAUUAUUAAUCCAUCUCCUGACUGGGUGGGUGAACUCUUUCUCUUCCCCACUUGGAACUUCAUUCCCCAAAAUGCACCAGAGCGAGGAGUUGGAGUUGGGGGUAACUUAGAGCUGGUAGGCUCUCCUGUCUGUAUUUUCCCAGAUCAGACAACAUUUGACCCUGGGGGUCCUUUGAAUGAAUUCUCUGGUGUAAGAGAGACAGCCAGACUGCUGCAGUUGAAAAGUAAUGGUGCGCGUCUCUGCGUGAGUGGCAAGGUAUGUGUACUGUGCCCUCUAUUGGAUAUUGGUGGAAAAAGAUUCUUUUGCUUCAGACUGCAGGAGGGCAAUCACACUGUAGCAAUUCUGGUUAUGGAGCCAGAAUGUCUCUUGUGGAGGCAGUGUCUGUAUGUGGGACACCGUGUGUGUGUGUCAGGGCUGCGUGUGUGUUCUCUUAAAGGAUGGACGGGACACAGGAUGUUGUGUGUCACCGCUCAGUCACGCCUCCACCUGACCUCAGGGUCCCAAGGCACGCUCUCUGCUGAUCCAGUCGACACUCAAACAGAGACAGACUCACACGUUGCAGAGGCACUAUCAGACUCGCACACAACUAUCACACCCUCACAGUCGCCGACACACUCACACACACAGUCAGAUCUGGAGGCAGAGGAACCCAUGAUCCAGGCAGAAGCUGGUCCAUCAAACGCUGUCUCCACAGUGAGAGCCAAACAGUCCAAAAUCAUCAGCUACAAGGGAGUGGUCACCAGUGUGCUGAAUGCAGAGGCGGGACUGUAUGAGAUUGACGGCAGGGUUGGCCUGUGCUUAGCCUUUCAGCCGGUCCAGAAGUGGGGAGGUGGCUUAAGGCCAGGGGUGGAGAUUGAGCUCCACAAUGUCCACUUCCUGUAUCGGCCAUCCCCAUUCACACUUCCCACAAUGCUUUGUGCAUGUCUUCGCUCCAGUGUGAGUGUCACUGCUUUCAGUCGUUUGGAGACAAAGGUCAUGACACCACCUCAAUCAAAUGCUCCUUUGUUACACUGUCUAUUGAGGAAGAACCUGGGUGUAUCUGAGUACCUCUGGCUGUGCUACUGUCAAACAAGGCUCAAAGAGAGGCUGUGCCCGCGUUGGGUGUCUGAAGAGCGUGUGUGUGUUGUGGCGGAGAGACUGUUGGACUAUGUGUUGGAGGGCAGAGAGCAGAAGAGAGAGGAGAGAAGAGACAUCUACAGAGAGAUGCUGGAAGAGCCUCACUACUGCCCUGUAACUGAGUAUUAUUUGGGUUGGCCUGACUGUGAGCUGAUGUCUGUGAGAGAGUUGUGUGAGGACAUGGAGAAAGAGUGUUGGUCGUCCCUCUCUCUCUCUGCACUGCUCCCUCCAUCCGCGGCUCACAUGACCGGGGCGGAGCUGAACCCGGCCCUGGCCUGGUCCGUACAGUCGGUCUCUCUGCUGGAGCGGGCCAAGCCCGUCAUGCUGGUGGGAGUUCUACAGCUCAGUCCAACCAGAGCCACCGUGCAGCUACAUGACCACACAGCCAGGGUUGACUGUGUCAUCACACAAACGGGCCAAUCAGGUUCUCAGUGUGCAAUGGAUAACACAGCCUGGUUAGGCUGUUUGGUGUGUGUAAGGCAUUGUACGUUAGUGAUGGAAAGAUUUCUGAGGACAGAGUUCCCCUCUUGGAAACACCUAAACCAGGAGGAGUACAUAACUCACAAAUAUUGCAGACUUUAUAUUCAGUUCUGUGUGGAGGACCUGCAUAUCCUUAGUCCUUCUGCAGCGAUGAUCAACUUCAGCAGGGAGAGAAAGAGCACUGGAGACAACCCAGCAGAGAAUGACAGAUGUACAGAGGCAGAGGGGGAUCGAAGAAGUGAACACGGAUACAAGGAACAUGAGGAACAUGAAAGAGCUGUUCGGGAGAGGAGAAAUGUAGAAAAAGAAACGACUAGGAAGAGGACAGCGGGAAAGGAGGGUGGAGAAGGGACGGAGGAGCCAUCCCAAACUGCACUAACGAAAAGACUGAGACAGGAGGAAGAGAAGACAGGAAUGGAGGAGAGUGACAAAGAGGGAGCUUUUCAGCCUGAUGACACCACAGGCAGAUCAGACAGAAGACAGUCAAAGAGACCCUUGGGCAACAAGGCGACCACUCUGCCACAAAGCUCCUGUGUAUCUCGGUUGUUCCGCCUGGAGGUGAAACAGGGCGUGGCAUUCCGGAACACUCAGGCUUCUAAAGCAGCAUCGGGGCUAACGUUAAGUUUUGUCGCCAAGGUAACAUGUCUGGGAGAAGUCCAGCGAUGGGAGAGAGACCCCAAAAAUAGCAAAAUGGAGGAGAGAGAGAGAGGAGUGGCAAACACGGUGGAAUUCCAGUUUGUCGGAUCGUCCGUCCGUUGGUUUCCUCUCUUACAACCUGGAUCAGUGUACAGACUUGUUGCUCUACACACAGACGAUGUGGGUGUAUUGAAUUGGAGCCAAUUACCAGAAAGGGGUGGAGUUACAGUUCUCUGUAACCCCUCCCUCCUGGUCCAGCCUCAAUGGCGUAUACACACUCUAACUGGCCCACUGCUGGCGGAAGCACCGUCACAGGCUGAGCCAUUGAGGUUGAUGUCUGUAUCUGAAGUUCUCCAUUGCAGUUCUCUUCCUGACAUUGUAUCUUUCCGUGGAGUCAUAUCUCAGCGAAUCACAUUACAUGAGGAGAGGGGACAAACAACCAGUGUCCAAUCACUGAACAUGGACACAGGUAUGAGUGCGGAGCAGGGACUAAGAGUCCGUUUGACAAUACAGGACUCUGAAACUCCAGGCCAGACGGUCCAGGUGUAUGUUGAUUUGUCCCACUGUCCUUAUACACCUGGGCUUGUCGCCGGGGCAACCGUGUUCCUCCAUGACGUGGAACGUAAAGUAUCUCAGGUCAAUAAUGUGUACUGUAGGACCCUCCCCAUCAGUUGUCUAACAGUCACAGGUCUUGGACUGUGCAGACCCUGCCCACCUCCUCCCAUGGUGCUGUUGGGUCAAUGGAUAUCAGCAAAAGCACAGCAUUGCGUUGUAGGUCAGGUCAAAGGUCACAUAGUGUGUGUACUGCACCUGCGACUGCAGUGGGCUUGCUCUCUGUGUGGAAGUGUAUUUAAACAGACUGGGUGCACACGGACCUGCCCACCUUGUGACUCAACCAGCUCUGUCUUCCAGGCCGAGGCCAAGGCUGCCGUAGAGGACGGGAGCGGGGAAGCUCAGGUCUGGUUUUCGUCUCAGAUGGUUGCUAAACUGCUCUUACUGGAGAAGUCAGAGUGGGAGGGGCUUCAGCGGCAUGUCAGAGGGAAAGGUCAUAUACGAGUGUUUGCCCGCGGGAGAAGCAUGGUCUGUGAAACAAACUCUGAUGAGCCUCUUGUACAGUACCUUUGCUCUCUCUGUGCCAGUAAUUUUGUCUGUCGCCAAAUAAUGCUGACUUGCCAACUACGCUCACACAAGCAAGAGAAGGCCCAGCUAAGGAAGAUGAGCAGAGGGGAGAGAGAAUUCCUCACCAAGUUUCCUCACCCACUCCAACUCAACUGCAUUGACAUCACUGAAGAGACACACACGCACUAUGAGAGACAAUGA